ACCCCAGCUAUUAGCAAAGUCCAAUAGGUGUUGCAGAUUUUCCAACUUCUAGGAGUAGACCUUCUACUUCCACGUAUUUGCUGCACAAACCGUCAGCCCUUUGCUCCAAUUCUUCAACAUUUCAUCAAUACUCUUCAACAAAAUCCAAAUUUACUUCCACCCAAAUCACUUUCUUGGAUUCUGCGUAUCCUUCUCAAUCCUAAGGAAUCAAAGUUUUCUUAAUGCCCAUUUGAGUUCACUUAUUUCCAUGUUCUAUUGCUACAACUGUUUAAUUUGAUCCUAAGAAAUUCUCUCUAUAUCUUGUAUGAAAAAGUUACAAUCUUUUGGAAUUUGGAGCUAAAGGGUUUGUUCAGAUUACCUCAGUUUAUUUUGAUAGCUAGUGCUUCCUGGGUGACUUUAUCUAGCACCAUUUUAUGUCAAUUUCAACGCCGUUUUCUCUUUUGUUUGAUCUGAUUGCCCAUUUAAUAAGGUCUCUUACUUAAAAUUUGUUCUUCAGUUUGGUGUAGCAUGGUUAGGUACUUUGGAGGGAAGUGAAAAAAGACAAGACCAUGAGCAGGUCUAGAAGGUUCUUGAAUGAAAGUGCAAGGGGAGAUGGGAUAAAACAUAUUGAUCAAAGAGGUGGAACAAGUUUUCUUGAUCAUGAAAUUUCUCAACUCACAAAGAUUAGGUCAAACCCCCAUGAAAGAAUGAGACACUUGCUUCCUGGCAAGGCAAAAGAACCAGUUUCAUCUCUUAAAAUGUUGGCUGCUAGGGAAGGGAAUUAUACAGGCAGAGGAAGAUUUUCAUCUUCUGACUGUUGUCAUCUUCUGAGCCGGUAUCUUCCAACAAAUAGUCCUUCUGUAGUUGACCAAAUGAGGAGCUGUGCUUAUGUUUCACAGUUUUCGACGAAUGGUUCUCUUUUUGUUGCUGGAUUUCAGGAAAGUCAUAUUAGGAUAUAUAAUGUUGAUCAAGGCUGGAAAAUCCAGAAGGAUAUUAGAGCAAAAAGUUUAAGAUGGACAAUAACUGAUACAUCGCUUUCUCCUGACCAACGUUUUCUUGUUUAUUCCAGUAUUUCACCCAUUGUCCAUAUUGUUGAUGUUGGAUCUGGCAUGAAACAGUCUGUUGCAAAUGUUACGGAAAUUCAUGAAGGCUUGGAAUUUACUUCCCCUACCUAUGAUUAUGACAGUUAUACAUUUGGAAUAUUCUCUGUGAAGUUUUCUACUGAUGGGCGAGAACUUGUUGCUGGUAGCAGCGACAGUUCAAUAUAUGUUUAUGAUCUUGAAGCAAAAAGGCUAAGUCUCCAAAUUCCAGCUCAUACGUCUGAUGUUAAUGCUGUAUGCUUUGCUGACGAAACUGGACACCUCAUAUAUUCUGGAAGCGAUGAUAGCCUGUGUAAGGUCUGGGACAGGCGUUGCUUUGGUACUAGAGAGCAAGCAGCUGGGAUUCUCAUUGGACAUCUAGAAGGCAUUACAUCUAUUGACACUCGAGGAGAUGGCCGGUAUCUUAUCUCAAAUGGGAAAGAUCAGGCUAUCAAACUCUGGGAUAUAAGAAAAAUGUCUUCUAACAUUAAUUACUCCCCAAGGCCUAGAAGUUAUGACUGGGAUUACAGAUGGAUGGACUACCCAGAGCAUGUUAGAAACAAGAGACACCCACAUGACCUGUCAUUGGCUACUUAUAAAGGCCACUCAGUCUUGCGCACUCUCAUACGCUGUUAUUUCUCUCCUGCACAUAGCACAGGGCAAAAGUUCAUCUACACUGGAUCAAGCGAUUCUUCUGUUUAUAUCUAUGAUAUGGUGAGUGGAGCUCAGGUUGCAAAACUUGAUUACCAUCAGGAGCCGGUGAGAGAUUGCAACUGGCACCCUUACUACCCUACGCUCGUUAGCUCUGGAUGGGACGGUAUGAUUGCUAAGUGGGAGUUUUCUGGUACUGGAACAAGCCCAUUGCCAGCAAAGCCGUUAUCCAGACGAUGGAGGCGAUCUUAAGUUGCUACUAGCUAGCAGCAUGCAUGCAGAAAGAUGUUUUUGGAGUACACUGAUUUAAAUUUCCAAAGCACAAGUAGGUAUGUCCAUGUUCUGGUUGCCCCUAACGGGAUAGUCCAAUGGCAGCGCCGAUAGGUCAGAAUAUCAUGAGUUCAAAUCCUAAUGGUUGCCUAGUUGGGCAUUGUCAUUAGCUAUUAUGUGAAAAGGGAGCUAUGAUUCUGUGACAGGUGUUAAUUGAAAAUUUAUAUGAAAGAUUAGUGUAAAAAGUUAAAAACAUUUACAUUGAAGGAUGUGAUGCACUGUACUACUUUUUAUAUACUAUUGGAAGCUAGGUAAAAAAUAUUGAAGGA